AUGGAGGAUUGGGAUCCUUUUGCCGACCCAGCUGACACUGGAGAGGCAGAGGCUUCGCAGGGGUUGACCAUCGACAGGUGGGAAGCCAAUGAUGCAGAACCUUUGAAGGCCAAGGGGGAAGAUGAUGCGAUCUUGACGCUGCAAGAGUGGUGUACGCGGGUUGGCCUUGCUUUAGGAGAGCAGGCAGCUGAAGACGCCCAAGUCGAAUCUGUGGCAGAGCCCGGGCCAGAUGGCACUUCAGGUGCAGAAAAGGGCACGGAAGAAUGCACAGAGCGCAGGGCUCAGCACUUCAAAAGCCUGGAGGUGUCCAUUUGGUGGCUUCCAGCAAGUUGA